GAAGACCUGAUUAAGUUAUACCAGUCCCCGUGCUAGUUAUCACAGUUGUGCUUUGCUAUUGUAUUACAGCACUGUGAUGUACCUGAAGGAGUGAUAAGAGUUUACGCUCCAUUGCACUCAAAGGUUUCCAUGGCGAUCCAGCUGAACAGUCGGACGAAAGCCAAAGACAUCUUGGCAAGGUUUCAGUGCGAAAACAGUAACGGAACACCAGACAGUGACAGAAUAAACAACCAAAGUUUAUAUGAAAUAGGAGGAAAUAUAGGAGAGCAUUGCCUGGAUCCAGAUACCUAUAUGUUGGAUGUGUACAAUGUGAACCCUCGCGCAGAAUGGAUUUUAAAGCCAAAAAACAGCUGAAAAUGUGAAGGUGAUUUGAAGGACAUGCUUUACAAAUGCAGUAGACUGCGCCAAUGGAAUGCAGAAGACUCUGAGCAAUAGGAACAAUAAUGAUGGAGACUCGGCUCAAGACUUUGAAAAGAAA